AUGGAAAGCCUGAGCGAGCUCCAGAACCCGCUCUUGGAUAAGAACAGUAAGCACGUCAUCAACGGUUACGGGGGCGACUUCCCUAACGACCAGUACCAGGAGAAUAUUAUCAACUACUUUGUAACCGGCGGCGAUGGAGGAGGAGGUGGUGGAGGAGGUGACACUAGCAACGGUGCGGUGGCCCACGUGGGACAAAACAACAGCAACGGCAAAAUGAAAGCUCAACAACUCCUGGACGCCACCUCCCUCCAUCUGGCCGUUGAGGCCUUCUACAGGCCUAACUUCAUCCUGUACAAGGAGGAAGGGGGAGGAGGAGACGGAGUCAAGGCCAAGGAUUAUAAGAGCGAGUGCUGCGAGACUACCUUCACAGAGAAGAAAGAGAAGGAGAGGGAGGCGUCUGUAGCAGUGGAGACCCCCGGCAGCACAGAGGACCCUCAGGCCAAGCUGCUAGAGGACGGAGACAACGUUAAGAUACAGACUGUCUCCUACGAGGUGGAGGAGGAGGAGUAUGUAGAGUAUGAGACGGACUGCUCCAGCGACAGCGAGAGUGAAGAUAACUUCAUAGUGAUCCCACCCAGAGACCAUCUGGGUCUGGCCAUCUUCUCCAUGUUAUGCUGCUUCUGGCCCCUGGGCAUCGCUGCUUUCUACUUCUCCCAGGGGACCAGUAAGGCGGUGACGAAGGGUGACUUCCCGCUGGCGAGCAUCGCGUCCAGGAGGGCACUGUUCCUAGCGGCCCUUUCCAUCACCAUCGGGACAGGGGUCUACGUUGGGGUGGUGGUGGCCCUCAUCGCCUACCUCUCCAAGCCUGGACACAUAUAGCAGCGCCUGACCUCCCGGACCGGACCACCAGGGAAAAGCAGGACAGCUAGGCACUGUCUCUUCCUGGAAUGGAACACUGCCAUUGGCAUGGAAACGUUUUGGGGACAUAUUCCUCCUUCUCCCUCCAUCCCUCCGUUCUUCUCCUGGACAACCAGAGGAAUCACAGAAGAGGAAAGGAAGGAUGGAUGGACCACCUCUCUCAAUAAACACGGCUAAUGCCAUGUUAAAACUGCCCCUCUUCGGGACAUAACAGAGCUCCUGACAAUGGAAACAGUUUUUGGGGCAUGUUCCUCUGUCAUCCAUAAAUCUGUCUAUCCUCCCCCUUUAGCUUCCCUACGGGUGGUCCCCGUCAGCAACGAUUAGAUGAACAGACUGAGAAGGGCAAGGCCGGAAGGGAGGAGGAGGAGGAGGAGAGCAUGGCGAAACCAGUACAGACUGAAAACAAACAUAUUUCUCUGGGAAAAGUUGAGGAGAAUAAAGUUCUGCCCUUCCGCUGUUCUGCUCCGUUGUCUUCACCCCCCUGUAGGGUGUUUGAACUCUGCUGUGUUCCUCCAACAUUCUACAACCCAUUA